CUUCUCUUCUUUGAUGCCAAACCAAGUAAACCCUUUUUUUAACUACACACAAAAGAAUCCCAAGCUAAGUUUCUCUCCUCCCCCAUGUGCAUAUCUCUCUCUCUCUCUCUUUCUCUCUAUCAGAGGGCCUAACAGAGAAUUUUGUUUCAAUAUUUUUUUUAAAAAAAAACAUAUAUUAUAUAUAUUCUUUGUGGCAAAAUGAAGUGGUUUGAAAGAAUGGAAGUCAUUUUCUCAAGGCUCUACACAUUUCUCUUCUCUCUGAUCUUCUCUUCCUUAUAAUUUUUCUCUCUCUCCUAUACUCUUUAAAUCUCCCACCAGUUUUCCCUCUCACCCUUUAUUUCUCACUUCUUUCUCCUCUCUCUACAACAACACAAAACAGAGAUUCUAAACAACAAAAUAUGGAAAGUGGUGAUGAUCAGAUUGGUAGAUGGGAAGGGUAUGUGGAUUGGAGAAAGAAGCCAGCUUUGAGAGGCCGCCAUGGGGGAAUCAUUGCAGCAUCCUUUGAUUUAGUUGUGGAGAUAUUGGAGAAUUUGGCGUUUUUAGCAAAUGCAAGCAACUUGGUGAUGUAUUUGUCGCAUUACAUGCACUUUUCUCCAUCAAAAUCGGCUAAUAAUGUCACAGAUUUCAUGGGAACUGCCUUCCUUCUUGCCCUUCUUGGUGGCUUUCUUUCUGAUGCCUUUUUCACCUCUUAUCAUAUCUACCUCAUUAGUGCUGCCAUUCAAUUACUCGGGUUGGCAGUAUUGCUAAUACAAGCCAAGAUGCCAUCACUGAUGCCUCCUCCAUGCGAUCACCAAGCAAACCACAAUGCUGUGUGCGAAGAAGCGAGCGGUGGCAAAGCAGCAAUGCUGUUUGCGGGGCUAUAUUUGGUGGCGUUGGGGGUCGGAGGCAUAAAGGGGUCGCUGCCGUCACAUGGGGCAGAGCAGUUUGAUGAUAGUACCCCACAGGGCAGGAAAAGAAGAUCAACUUUCUUCAACUACUUUGUCUUUUGUCUCUCAUGUGGUGGCCUAAUUGCAGUCACAUUGGUGGUAUGGGUUGAAGACAACAAAGGGUGGGAGUGGGGCUUUGGAAUUGCAAUGCUCAGCAUAUUUUUGUCCAUCAUUGUCUUCUUUGCAGGCUCCCCUCUAUACCGCAAUAAAAUACCUGAUGGAAGUCCAUUCACAACAAUUAGCAAGGUUUUAGUUGCUGCAACGUUUGGUUGCUGCAUCAGCACGAACUCGCGAAACUCGAUAGCGAGUAUGGCAAUGAGCCCCGCUCUUGAUGACAAGGAAGCUAAACAGAAAGCAAAAGAAAGAGGUUCAACAAAUCAUGUGGUGGACAAACCGUCAGAGAGUCUCAAGUUUUUAAAUAAUGCAGUUCUGAACAAGCCAUUCCAUUCAGCAUUAGAAUGUACAGUUAAAGAAGUUGAAGAGGUCAAGAUCGUGCUGAGAAUUCUACCUAUAUUUGCUUGCACCAUCAUCCUCAAUUGCUGUGUAGCUCAGCUCUCCACAUUUUCGGUUGAACAAGCAUCAACAAUGGACACCAAAAUAGGUUCCUUUAAAGUUCCUCCUGCAUCUCUCCCCAUUUUCCCUAUACUCUUCAUCAUGUUCCUCGCCCCGAUAUAUGAUCACUUAAUCAUCCCAUUUUCUCGAAGAAUAACUAAAACCGAAACGGGAAUCACUCAUCUUCAGAGGAUAGGAGUUGGGUUACUUUUUUCUAUUGGAGCCAUGGCAGUUGCAGCAGCUGUGGAGACAAAGCGCAAGAGAGUAGCCACCGAAAACGGUCUACUCGACUCCGCUCAACCGUUGCCCAUCACAUUCCUUUGGAUUGCUAUUCAAUACUUGUUUCUUGGAUCAGCAGACCUUUUCUCCUUGGCUGGAUCAUUAGAAUUUUUCUUCACAGAAGCACCUGCAAGCAUGAGAUCCUUGGCUACAUCUCUCUCCUGGGCUUCUCUGGCAAUGGGUUACUACCUUAGCUCAGUGAUUGUAUCGAUAGUCAACAAUGUCACGGAUAACUCUGACCACAAACCAUGGCUAUCUGGAAGAAACAUAAACCAUUAUCACCUAGAGAGAUUCUACUGGUUGAUGUGUGUGCUCAGCGGAUUAAAUUUUGUGCACUACCUAUUUUGGGCCAUGAAGUACAAGUACAGACCAAAAUCACAACAAUAGGUGAAAUAGCCACAGAAACACAGAUAUAUAUAUAUGAUGCAAUAAUACUUAAAGGGUUCCACACAUUUAUUCAAACAGAUUGAAAUUCCUAUCCCCAUCCAGAGGAGAUCAGAAACUCGACAAGUGCUGCAAAUGCUCUCAUCUUUCAGCUGGCAUGAGAUAGAAUGGGAGGGUAAAUUUUUCGUCUUGGCAGAGCAGGUAAAUGUGGUAACUGGCAUGUGAAAUGUCUUAUAUCAGUGAAUUUCUGUGAUGCAAAGCAUCUUUUUAUCAAUCUCUUGUGUUUGGCCAGUAAUUCAAUCUUCUUUAUUACCA